AUGGCAGUGCUCGAGCCUUAUAAGUGCGGCUACUAUCUUUGGAAGUAUCUUCCUUCUAUUGCGGCUGCCGUUAUCUUCCUCCUGCUCUUCAUCGUUGCGACGGGUUAUCAUUCAUGGAGGCUCUAUAAAACAAAAGCGCGCUUCUGCAUUGCAUUCGUGAUUGGUGGAAUCUUUGAGAUUAUUGGAUAUAUGGCUCGAGCGGCGGCACAUAACAGGACAGGCUCGCUUAUGCCCUACUCCCUGCAGAGCGUGUUCUUGCUGCUCGGUCCGACACUUUUUGCGGCAUCAGUCUAUAUGGCCUUAGGUCGGAUCAUCCGCUGCGUGCACGCAGAGAAAUAUUCGCUCAUACGAAUCAAUUGGCUCACUAAGGUCUUUGUCAUGGGCGACGUCCUCUCGUUCGUGGUACAAGGUGGAGCCUCAGGGCUAAUGGUGUCGGGCAACAAUGCCAAGCUCGGCUCUGACAUUGUUGUAGCCGGUCUCGUUAUCCAGGUCCUUAUGUUCUGCUUCUUCAUUGUUACUUCGGUGGUGUUUCAAGUUCGCAUGACUCGAUGUCCAACUCCCGAGUCCUUUGAUGAGCGGUUCAAAUGGAAGAGCCACCUUCGAGUGCUUCAUACCAUCAGUUUAUUGAUUCUGAUUCGAAGCCUUUUCCGUGUUGUCGAAUAUGUGCAGGGCAAUGAUGGAUAUCCAUUGACCCAUGAGUGGACCCUCUAUGUAUUUGAUUCGACGCUAAUGUUUGCGGUAAUGGCUAUCUGGGGGAUUUGGUAUCCGGGUGAUCUACAAGGAUUUCUCAAACAAAACAAGCCUCUGACGAGCUUGGACAGUUUCAGUCGUGAUGUGGAGUCCAGGUAG